AAAACAGUAUAGCCUGGAGGGAAGGGAACAGUGAAUGAAGCCAUUUGGGAUAAAGUAUGGUAAAGUUUGUUCCAUUGUUACUUUUCCAAACCAUUUUUCCCAGUCCAGAAGUGGAGAUGUCAAUCGCAACAUGCCUUCAAGUCGUUAACCCCACGGAGGAGCAGCAGAGAACUCACAUGACCCUAACUCCAAGUCACUGUUUGUUCAAGUUGUACGCUUCAGGUAGAACACGUCUUAAUGUGAGGUUAGAGUUGUUCAUCUACGAGACACAGAGUCAAGAAGAAGGAAAUGUUUGAAAUGGAAAAACGUAACUGAGGCUAAUAUUCUUUUAUUAACAUUUAUGAAAAGAAUAUUGUAGCUACAGACCACAGCUGCUGCGACCACUGGGCCCAGACUUAUUACAUGGUCACCGCAGUGAAAAGCCAUGAAGGUUUCACUCUGACCACUGUGUGUCUUUGCUGAAUCACUGGAGUCAGUCCUUCAUGACCUUGACUCCUGGUAAACAUCCCUUGGUCAUGUCCUGAUUGUUUAUGACGGAUGUUUGAUUUCCUCACUGGUAAUUAAGAAAUACUUCUUUUAUCUGAGGAUUAUGACGGACCAGGGAGUGAUAUGUAAAUCAUGUCCUGUUUGAUCAUUUACUCAGGAUUAACUGCGUACUGUGACACUGCUGGUGCCAGGGCCGUUGUGUACUUCGUGGAAACACUAGAAUGCGGCGGGUUUUUCCCCAUUUUUCAGAUUGGUUUCACCGAGAAGCUCUGUCGCCUUCCUGAGGCCAGAGAAACAAGGCGUCAGGUGACUGGGACACUGCAGUGAGGGGAGAGGAGGGGAGAGAGGGAAGGGAAGGGAAGGGAGUCUCCGUCUCUACCAUCAAACUGUUGCUGUUUGACUGGCGGCCAGUUAGAAACCUGCUGCUGCUGCUGCUGCUGAGCGUAAACGCAGUGUGUUUCGUGUGUGUGUGUGUGUGUGUGAGAGAGAGAGUUGUCUGGAUAGACGCAGCAGCUUGUCCUCUCUCACUCUCUCGCCCCCCCGCCCCCCACUCUCUCUCUCUCUCUCUCUCUCGCUCCAAUCACACACUCGGGAGCUGCGCCUUGACGCACCACGCAGAGUUGGAUUAUAGUAUUGCGCGCUGAUCUUUGACGGGACUUUUGCCUGUUUUCCCACGUUGCCCGCCGCUCCGCUGCCCACUGACUGGCAUCUGUAUCGAUUUGCCAUCGGAAUCAAUACCACAGCAACAUUUGGAGGGUUUUUCCUCUUUUUUUUCUUCUUUUUUUCUUUUGGAUAACCGAAGACUUCAUUUUGCCAGAUGCGUGUUGUGAAUCAGGAAUAAAGAAGGUCUCACCUGGAUCACUGAAAUGUGCGUGAAAGUGCGUGGUUCUGUGGGUCUGGUCAGGGUCUGAGCUGUUCCACCAGCCUGGUUGCGCACUCGGACUCAAAGACAUUUCCACUGCACGGACAGACACGAGAUCACACCCGAGGAUUUGCGCACCGCAUGCCGGGGACAUGUGGAAGUUUGCGCCGCUGUAGCGCAGAGAGAGAACCGGUCCAGCGUCUCGUCCUCCGCCUCUCUCCUCACCCAGGAGGACAAACUCUCGACUCGCAGCCCUGACGCGCAGAAUCCUCAACUAGAGACAAAUGUAAAUUCAUCAAGUGCGAUUUUAGGGACAUCCAUCAGAAGACGGGGCAGAGCAGCGAAGGCAGGACUGCAUCUACGUGUUGCGGAGUUGUGUGAGCUCUCUGUGGGAUUUCGGGACUCGGUUUUUAGUCGCCUUCCUGUUUCCCUGUAACCUGUGUUCGUGGGACUCAUAUUCAGCCACUUGCCGCAGUGAUGAUGGGAGCCUGGUGCGCCGUUGGCCCUGGCCGCUCCCCGGCGGCUGCAGGGCUGCUGCUGCUGCUGGCUGCCCUGGCUUUGGCUCUGCUCAGCGGGGCAGAUGGGCAGCCCUGCCCGGCCCCGUGCUCCUGCACUGGUACUACAGUGGACUGUCACGGCCAAGGGCUGCGCAGCGUGCCCAGGAACAUACCCCGAAACACGGAGAGACUGGAUCUGAAUGCAAACAACCUCACCAAAAUCACCAAGGCCGACUUCACAGGACUGAGGAAUCUACGAGUGCUGCAAUUAAUGGAAAACAAAAUCACCACCAUUGAAAGAGGAGCCUUUCAGGACCUGAAGGAGCUGGAGAGACUGCGCCUGAAUCGCAAUAAUCUGGCUGUGUUUCCUGAGCUGCUUUUCCUGGGAACAACAAAGCUUUACAGACUGGAUCUCAGCGAGAACCAGAUCCAAGGAGUUCCACGGAAAGCCUUCAGGGGAGCUGUGGAGAUCAAGAACCUCCAGUUGGACUACAACCACAUCAGCUGUAUCGAGGAUGGAGCAUUCCGAGCGUUACGUGACCUGGAAGUUCUGACGCUGAACAACAACAACAUCAGCAGACUGUCUGUGGCCAGUUUCAACCACAUGCCAAAGCUCAGGACCUUUCGCCUGCACUCCAACAACCUGCAUUGUGACUGUCACGUGGCCUGGCUGUCAGAGUGGUUGCGGCAACGCCCCCGCCUGGGCUUAUAUACGCAGUGCAUGGCCCCUCCGCACCUGAGGGGGCAUAAUGUGGCUGAGGUGCAGAAGAAGGAGUUUGUCUGCACAGGUCACCACUCCUCGUCGUUCUCCUCCUGCAGUGUGUUACAGUGUCCAGAGUCCUGCACCUGCAGCAACAACAUCGUGGACUGCAGAGGGAAGGGACUGACAGAAAUACCUACCAACCUUCCUGAGACCAUCACUGAGAGCCGACUGGAGCAGAACGCCAUCAAGGUGAUUCCAGCUGGAGCCUUCUCUCCGUAUAAGAAGCUGCGCAGGAUAGACUUAAGUAACAACCAGAUAUCAGAGCUGGCUGCGGACGCAUUCCAGGGUCUGCGAUCGCUCAACUCUCUGGUGUUGUACGGGAACAAGAUCACUGAGAUUUCCAAAGGACUGUUCGAGGGGCUGUUUUCUCUGCAGCUAUUGUUACUGAAUGCUAAUAAGAUAGCGUGUCUACGUGUGGAUGCAUUUCAGGACCUUCACAACCUCAAUCUGCUCUCACUUUAUGACAACAAGCUGCAGACGAUCGCCAAGGGAACGUUCUCAUCACUGAGAGCCAUUCAAACACUCCACUUAGCCCAGAACCCAUUCAUAUGCGACUGCCAUCUGAAGUGGCUGGCUGACUACCUGCAGGACAAUCCCAUCGAGACCAGCGGUGCACGCUGCACAAGUCCGCGGCGGCUCGCCAACAAGAGGAUCGGACAAAUCAAGAGCAAGAAAUUCCGCUGCUCAGGUACUGAGGAUUACCGCAGCAAGCUGGGGGGAGACUGUUUUGCAGACCUGGCCUGCCCCGAGAAGUGUCGCUGCGAGGGCACAACAGUCGACUGCUCCAACCAGAAACUCACCAAAAUACCAGAUCACAUUCCUCAGUACACUGCAGAACUACGUCUAAACAACAAUGACUUCACUGUCCUGGAGGCCACGGGGAUUUUCAAAAAACUGCCUCAACUGAGGAAGAUUAACCUGAGUAACAACCGCAUCACAGACAUAGAGGAGGGAACAUUCGAAGGAGCCUCUGGAGUCAACGAGUUAAUUUUGACCUCCAACAGACUGGAGAACGUGCACCACGGCAUGCUGAAGGGACUGAGCGGCCUCCGCACACUCAUGCUGAGGAGUAACCACAUCAGCUGUGUGAGCAACAGCAGCUUCGUGGGCCUGAGCUCCGUGCGUCUCCUGUCACUCUACGACAACCAGAUCACCUCCAUGAGCCCGGGAGCCUUCGACACACUGCACUCUCUGUCCACGCUAAACCUUCUGGCCAAUCCCUUCAACUGUAACUGUCACCUGGCCUGGCUCGGGGAUUGGCUGAGGAGGAAACGUAUCGUCACCGGUAACCCUCGCUGUCAGAAUCCUUACUUCCUGAAGGAGAUCCCCAUCCAGGAUGUAGCUGUCCAGGACUUUGCCUGUGAAGACGGUAACAAUGAGAACAGCUGCUCUCCGGUGCUGAGGUGUCCAGCGGAGUGCUCCUGUCUGGACACAGUGGUCCGCUGCAGCAACAAGGGUCUCACCACGUUGCCCAAAGGUCUCCCCAAAGAGACCACUGAACUGUACCUGGAUGGUAACCAUUUCACUCAGGUUCCCACGGAGCUCUCCAACUACAAACAUUUAACACUUAUUGACUUGAGUAACAACCAGAUCAGCACGUUGUCCAACCACAGCCUCAAUAACAUGUCCGAACUGCUUACCCUAAUCCUGAGCUACAACCGCCUCAGAUGCAUACCAGUGAGGGCCUUCGAUGGACUCAAGUCCCUCCGACUGCUAUCUCUACAUGGUAACGACAUAUCUCUGAUCCCAGAGGGCGCUUUCAAAGACUUGUCGUCACUUUCCCACUUGGCCCUGGGGGCCAACCCUCUGUACUGCGACUGCCACAUGCAGUGGCUGUCAGACUGGGUGAAGAGUGGAUACAAGGAGCCUGGUAUAGCCCGCUGUGCCGGGCCUGGAGACAUGACCGACAAACUGCUGCUGACCACGCCUUCUAAGAAGUUUACGUGCACAGGCCCGGUGGAUCUGAGUGUCCAGGCCAAAUGUGAACCCUGUCUGUCAAACCCCUGCAAGAACGACGGCACCUGCUCCAACGACCCGGUGCACUACUACCGCUGCACCUGCCCCUACGGAUUCAAGGGCCAGAACUGUGAGGAGCCCAUCCACGCCUGCAUCAGUAACCCAUGUCAGAACAGUGGAACCUGUCACCUGAAGGAAGGAGAAGGAAGCAACUUCUGGUGUGUGUGUCCAGAGGGCUUUGAAGGCGAUGCCUGUGAGAUCAACAUAGACGAUUGUGAGGACAACGACUGUGAGAACAACUCCACCUGCAUCGACGGUAUCAACAACUACACCUGCAUGUGUUCCCCGGAAUAUACAGGUGAACUGUGUGAAGAGAAAGUGGACUUCUGUGCUCCGGAUCUGAAUCCAUGUCAGCACGACUCAAAGUGUAUUUUGACUCCUCAAGGAUACAAGUGUGAGUGCACACCUGGCUACGUAGGUGAGCACUGUGAAGUGGACUUUGACGACUGUGAAGAGAACAAGUGUCAGAACGGAGGUCAGUGCAUCGAUGCCAUCAACGGAUAUACCUGCGUCUGUCCAGAAGGAUACAGUGGGUUGUUCUGUGAGUUCCCUCCUCCCAUGGUCCUUCCUCGCACCAGCCCCUGUGACAACCACGAGUGCCUGAACGGUGCCCAGUGUGUGGUUGUGGGUUCAGAUCCCCGCUGCCAGUGUCUGCAUGGCUACGAGGGUGAACACUGUGAGACGCUUGUCAGUGUCAACUUUGUCAACCGCGAGUCUUACCUGCAGCUUCCCUCCAGUCUUUUCUCACCACAGACCAACAUUAGCUUACAGAUAGCAACAGAUGAAGACAACGGAGUGUUGUUGUACAAAGGGGACAAUGAUUACAUUGCCAUGGAGCUGUACAGAGGUCGCCUCAGGGUCAGCUACGACACCGGCUCUUACCCACCUUCUGCUAUAUACAGCGUGGAGACGGUGAAUGAUGGAAGUUUUCAUGUGGUGGAGUUGGUGACAUCAGACCAAACUCUGUCUCUGUCUAUUGAUGGUGGAUCACCCAAAACAAUCAACUCCAUUAGCAAACAGUCCACACUCAACAAAGACUCUCCUCUUUACCUGGGAGGGAUGCCGGAGCGGGCCUCCACUUCUGGGGGUCUGUCAGCCCUGCAGCACAGCUCUGGAGGACGCAACGGCUCCAGCUUCCACGGCUGCCUCCGUAACUUAUACGUUAAUGGGAAGCUGCAGGACCUGGGGGCUGGGCUGAAGUCAGGUUCAGGCUCAGGGGUCAGACAGGGGCUCGGUCAAGGGGUGGAGCCAGGCUGCCAGCCAUGCCAAAGAGGAGUCUGUGUCCAAGGGGACUGUCAUCCAACGGGGCAUCGGGGCUUCACCUGCACCUGCCACCCUGGCUGGACCGGAGCACUGUGUGACCAGCAGGUCAACAACCCCUGUGAUGGCCAUAAGUGUAUCCACGGAACCUGCCAACCAAUCAACUCCUACUCUUACUCCUGUCGCUGCCAGCCUGGUUUUACUGGUGUACUCUGUGAUACCCCGGACCAGGAAACUGCUAACCCCUGCAGUCUUGCCCGCUGCAAGCAUGGCAAAUGCAGAGUUUCAGGUCUGGGAAACGCAUACUGCGAGUGUAACAGUGGAUACACAGGGGAGGCCUGUGACAGAGAGGUGGCCUGCAGAGGAGAACGGGUCAGAGAUGUCUACCAGAGACAGCAAGGCUACGCGGCGUGUCAGACCCAGGAAAAGGUCUCCCGCCUAGAGUGUCGGGGCAGUUGCACUGUGGGUGCGGACGGACAAGACACCUGCUGCACCCCUGUCCGCAGCAAACGCAGGAAAUAUACCUUCCAGUGCACUGAUGGUUCUUCUUUUGUCCAGGAAGUGGAGAAAGUGGUGAAGUGCGGCUGUACAAAGUGUUCGUCAUAAAAAAAAGACAAUACCCUUGGCAGAUUUCCACCUACACCAGUAUUUUCUAUGUUCCUGUCAACCAGCUUACUUGAUCCUCGUCCUCAAAUGUCUAUUGUUCCAGUUCUCUAUGGAAAAAAAAAAACUCCACACACAACAGUCCUCCUUCUUAAUGGACCCUGUUUUUUGUAGAAAAACCUAUGGGGGAAAAAGAAAGAAAUGCCUAGAAAUAUGUUUUUCGUGACAUUGCUGGACUGAUGAUGUACAAAAACAGACUUAUUUUUAUUAUGAAGUGGACAAAAAGACAAAAAAAAAAUAAAAAUAAGUUGACUUUUUCCUCACACCUCCUUCCUUUCGUUGGUUAUGAUGAGUCCAAUGCUGUGCCACACUGUCUCUUCCCUGGAGGACUGACCGAUGUCACUGAUGUUGAUGACUUGACCACUUCCACUUCACUUCCUGCAAACCCUUCUGUGAGUUUUGUGCUUUAGGAGUCACUCUAACUGGUAGUUUCACAGACUCGCCGCAGGGAGGAGCUGUAUUAUGGCAUGAGAGAUGGUAGGUGGCGAUAACCUUCCUUAACAGACCUCCACAAAUCCUCUGAGACUGUGCACAUCUCCUGACACACAGCUGUGCUAAAACUUGUGGUAUUUUAUUCAGCUACUGAACACACACACACACACGUACACACUCUUGCUUAUUCAACACACCUGUAGACUGAUGGUUAAAUAAACUUCUCUCUGUUUAUUGACCUCUAUCAUGAAAAACAAGUAUUUAUUGUAUUAUAAAUACCUGUAUCUAUUCAGUAGACCCCCCCUAUGUAUCAAACUGAUUCUUUUAAUAUAUAUUAAUUUAUAUUUGUGCUUAUUUUUGUAUUAAAAAAGACAUAAUCUGUCCAGAUAGCUGAACUAACACGACGGUGUCCUUUAUUUUGGUUGAAGAGAAAUUGUUUUUUGGUCGCUGAAUCUAUUGCGCUUGCCAGAGACCUUAGUUACAUUUAAAAUCUGCAAAUGUGACGUGAAGACAUUGUAUAUUUUUGUCGCCUUUCCUGAGAGUUUGUACUGUGCCAUUGCCAGAAGGUCUUUAUAUUAGACUAUAAAUGUAUAGAUGAUUUCUCUACCUGUGUAUUUCACAUACAGAUCUCGUGAGUAGCAUUGACCCUAGAGGAUUCUUAGAACUGUUUUUAACCUUUUUAACAAAUUUAUGCUUUAAGGAAACUGUGACUUUUUCUAAAUGAAACUACUUUGUUAGCCCCUUGGUCUCUGAUGUUAACAUGUUGCUGCUAAGUUUUUGUACUGUAGACUUGGAUCCUGAUCUGUAUGUUAUAUAGAACUUCUUGCUCCUACUGUACGGGGGGCACCUUGUGUAACAGAUAAAUAUGUUCCCCACACCUCUACACAUGUGCAUUGUGCUUCAUUUUCCCUACCUUCUCCAUCUCCAGACUAAUGUCAGUUCCCUGACUGAUGUUUGUUUAUUAAACACAAUAUUUACCUCAAA